AGUUGCCAGUGCUUACCAUUUAGCAGCGACGAUCCCCAUUGACUCUGACUUGAUUUUGAGUCGGCGCCCGGAGGUUGCUUGACAUUUGAAAAAGUUUGAUGUCGCACCAUCUUUUCGAAUUUAUUUUUGUCUUGGCCACUGGCUUUCAAAAGUCUAAAGGCGUGGGUAGACUUUUUGCCCGUUAUUUUACCCAAAAAGAAAUAUGUCCCUGAUCAGGAGCUUAGAGUCCACGCUUUUUAAGCAACACAGCGUGGUACUUUGCAAAAUUACUUUGAAGGGCAAAGUGCUCAAGGGGGGGGGGAUCGAAGAAAGAGUUAUCUUACCUGGCAAGCACCAGCAUUUUGAAUGUCUACCUCUUCCAUAUGUGUGUUGCAAAGACGAACAAAAAUACGAAUCUGCGGCAAUGGAAUAUUUCUCCCCAUCUCUGUUGGAGGCGACGCGUCAAGAUAUUCUGACCUCAUUGGCACUACCUGAUUCACUUGACGCCCAUCUUUAUAUGUCAGCUAAAAACCGCGACUAUCACGAAAACAAGGUCAGUAACUUGACAGCACGGCGUUAUUGGAUCAACCUUGCAAUGACAAAGGAUAAUGCGGAGUGCAACGUCGUUUUGGCUAUUGCGUCUCUAUUCCCUGCACUCAAGGAUUUGGGAUAGAGUCAUCUUUGUCAAUCCAAACGUGCCGCCCUUUUUUGUUCAUCCUGUUAUUUAAGCAUCAUCAUCUUGUGAUACCGGUGGUAAAGUUCGCUAGAUGUACCAACUGCAUCCCAGACAAUGGGCAUGGACGAGCAUCGACGGCCAGAUUACAAAAGUCAUGGUGUAUGAGCAGUAUCUACCCUAGCUCAAAGGCGAAGGAUCAUCCGAUACAGUGUCGAUAAUGGACUUUUAUCGGUUGGGUAUAUUUGCAAAAAAUUGGAAAUGGUAUCCAGCAACCUCUGUGCUUUCAAGCGCUUGGUCUAUCAAUCCCCUUUCACGCCAUGGUUCACACGAAUUCCAGCAUUUACGCAUGUGUGGAACUUGCAGCUAUUACAUCACCCAAGACCAAGCACGAUUUCACGUCAGUGACGAGCAUUUUGGAUGACCUUUACAAAAUUGCA